AUGUCCCGUUUCUUCACCGCCGUCGAUAGCUCCAGCGAGAGCAGCUCCGACGAGGAGGAGCUCUACUCUGAGGAGGAGGAAGAAGAACAGUCGGAAGAGGAAAGCUCUGAGGAGGAGGAGUCGGAGGAGGAGUCCAGCGACGAGGAUGAAGGAAAGACCGGUGCUGGACGCUUCUUGAGGGAUGUUUCCGAUGAGAGCGAUAGCGAUGACGAGGACCGCGUCACCGUUGUCAAGAGCGCGAAAGACAAACGGUUUGAGGAACUCGAGGCUACUAUCAAGGCGAUCGAGAACGCCGAGAAGAUCAACGACUGGGCUGUCAUCGCUACAGAGUUCGACAAGAUGAACCGUCAAAUACCCGCGCUCGUCAGGCAGAAUGAUGGCAAGACGCCCAAGCCAUACAUCAAGGCCAUUUCCGAGCUGGAGACCACCAUGGUCGAGACGCUCGAGAAGCAGAAGGUCACGCCCAAGAAGAUGAACGCCACCAACACGCGUGGUCUGAACGCCGUCCGCCAGCGCAUGCGCAAGAUCAAGCAGGACCACGCUUCCGAGAUCGACAAGUUCAAGGCCGACCCGGAGAAGUUCAUGGCAGAUGAGGUGAUUGAGGUGGCCGCCCCCGCUCCUAAGAAGGCGAAGAAGGCUAUCCCCUCUUUGGGUGCCGAAGCCGUCGACGGCGAUGAUGAUGAUGGCUUCACGGUGGUUGGCGCUGGUGGCAAGGCUAUGGUUUACACGCCCGAGGGCAUCCUCAAGCACCUCCGUACUAUCGUCGAGGCCCGCGGCCGUAAGAACACCGACCGCAUGGAGCAGAUCCGCACCAUGGAGAAGCUGUACGAUGUGGCCAACACCGACUACCAGAAGAUCCGCGUGCUUCUGACCCUGAUCUCCACCCGCUUCGACCUCACUACCGGCACUACGAACCAGAUGUCGCAGGAGCAGUGGAAGCUGGCUGAGAACGAGUUCCGCCUGCUGCUCGAGGUUCUUGAGAACAACCGCGACAUUGUGGUUGUCGAGGGAGCCGAGGAGUGGGAGGAUGACGAGAAGCAGCCCGUGAUCAACGCUGGCGAGACCUUCAGGGUUCCCGGCAGCAUUACCUCUUUCAUUGAGCGUCUCGACGACGAGCUUACCCGCGCUCUCCAGCACAUCGAUCCCCAUACUGCCGAUUACGUCGAGAGGCUUACGGACGAGACUACCCUCUAUACCAGCGUCGUCCGGACGCAAUUGUACGUUGAGUGGCUCGUUGAGAAGCACGGUAGCGCCCAGGAGAGCUCGAACCGCGUUGUCAUGCGCCGCCUCGAGCACCUGUACUUCAAGCCCUCGCAGGUCGUUAAGAUUCUGGAGGAGAACUCGUGGAAGGCGAUUCCUUCUGGACUCAGCUCUACCAUCACCCCCCGCGACAGUGCCGCAGAUCCCACCGCCCUCAUCGCGACCCUCUGCACGUACCUGUUCAGGUACAGCGAGGGUAUCAUCAGGGCGCGCGCCAUGCUUUGCCAGAUCUACCACCUGGCACUGCACGACCACUACUACAAGGCUCGCGACAUGAUGCUCAUGUCGCACUUGCAGGAGACGAUCGCGAACUUCGAUGUCAACACUCAGAUCCUCUUCAACCGGACGCUUGUGCAGGUUGGUCUCUGCGCUUUCCGGGCCGGUCUCGUUUACGAGGCGCAGACCUCUCUGCAGGAGAUCUGUGGAAGCAACAGGCAGAAGGAGCUUCUUGCGCAGGGUCUCCAGAUGCAGCGCUACUCUCAGAUUUCGCCUGAGCAGGAGCGGUUGGAGAGGCAGCGCCAGCUGCCCUUCCACAUGCACAUCAACCUCGAGCUGCUGGAGUGCGUCUACCUUACCUGCUCUAUGCUGCUCGAGAUCCCUCUGCUCGCUCAGGUUGGUUCUUCGCCCGACGUCAGGAAGAGGGUCAUCAGCAAGACCUACCGCAGGCUGUUAGAGUACCAUGAGCGCCAGAUCUUCACCGGUCCUCCUGAGAACACCCGUGACCACGUCAUGCAGGCCUCGAAGGCCCUUGCUGCGGGUGAGUGGAAGAAGGCCGCGGACUUCAUCAACUCGAUCAAGAUUUGGGAGCUCAUGGCGCAGUCGGAUAAGAUCAAGGUCAUGCUUUCCGAGCAGAUCCAAGAGGAGGGUCUCAGGACUUAUCUCUUCACCUACGCGCCCUUCUACGACACCCUCUCCAUUGCCACCCUGGCCUCGAUGUUCGAGCUCCCCGACCGCAAGGUGUCUGCUGUUGUCAGCAAGAUGAUCUCGCACGAGGAGCUCGCUGCGGCGCUUGACCAGGUCAACAACGCCAUCAUCUUCCGCAAGGGUGUCGAGCUGUCUCGCCUGCAGAGCCUUGCCCUCACUCUUAGCGACAAGGCCAGCGGCCUCAUUGAGGCUAACGAGAAGACGCUGGAGCAGCGUACACAAGGCAUGGCCAACGCUUUUGAGAGACAAGGAGGCCAAGGAGGCCGUGGUGGCCGCGGCGGUCGCGGUGGUGGCCGUGGUCGCGGCCGGGGUGGAUCGAGCGGCGUGCCUCGUGGCCAGCAAUUCACUGGAGGUGCGUUGGGACGGGCAAUUCAGGCAUAA